CUGCCUCCGACGACGUAGGCACAGUAGUACGCGCGCCUUACUCCCACCAACAACGCGACGCCUGCGCUUGCGCAUCGAACAAACGAAUAUCUGAUAAAGCAAGCAAGCUAUGAGUGGAUUACAGUGUAAGAAACUUGUACAGUGAUGUGACUUUACGAUGUGCUGUGAUUAACAUACCUGCCAGCUCUCGGAUGCCUAUUAACUGUUUUAUGGCUUGUACAGUGCCUCUAUUGUUGUGCACAUAAUCUUCUAUUCACCUGUUGGGACCAAAUGUGGUUAGACUGUGAAAUGUGACAAAAAAAGUUGCAAUAAUCACUCAUUGUUGGUUGCGGACCCUUCGUUUGUAAACUUUGUGGGCAACUAACUACCUGACUACCGACGCGUCCGUCGAUCGAUCGUACGACCCAUCUACUUAUCGUAUGCAGCGAAAUGUCAGACAACAACGGCCCUACGGUAUCACGAGCGUCAACUCCUCGUCCUGCACCAGAUAGUCCUGUGAAUGUUCCACUUCGCUCCAGACAUGACCAGUUCCUCGCCAGCACAGCUGACAGAUCUCAAAGACCAUCUUCCAAUGGAAGAAAUUCCCAAAACUUCGAAUCACCUCCAAUGCAAUACCAUCGACAAAUACCAACCGGUUCCUUGCUUACAGCUGCCCAUCGAGAAACAUCUGCUUUUGUUCCUGUUGUUCCAACUAGAGCGAUGCAUCCUGUUAUGUACCCCAAUGAGAUGCAUCCAGCUCUAAUUCCAUCUGAGAUUAUUGAAAGAGAGAGAAUUCUCGAUCGCGAUAGAAGCGAACCUGCCAAGGGAUCACCUGAUAGAGCUGCUCCUACGUUUGCCAAAAGGAACUCAUUCGAUUUAAUGGCUAUGAUGGUGGAAAAGAGGAAAGAAGUCGCGCUCAGAGAAGCAGCGGCAGCUAUGCUUAUGCCUCAUCACAGAACAUCUUCUAUGGAUGGAAUGAUACCAGAUGCUACAAGUCAGCCACCCAUUUAUGGUCCUACUGGUCCAUUUCUUGGAGCACCAGGGCCUUCUCCAACUGCCGCAACCAGUUUUAACUUUCCUGGGGCGGGUUUGUUUCCACCCGGCUCUGGACCUCACCAAAUGCACCCCCACUUGGACAGAAGACUGCUAAGAGCUCCAGGCAGAGCGUCGCGACCCAAAAAGCAGUUUAUAUGCAAGUUUUGUAACCGGCAGUUCACAAAGUCUUACAAUCUCCUGAUUCAUGAGAGAACUCACACAGAUGAGCGUCCCUACUCCUGCGACAUCUGCGGGAAAGCCUUCAGAAGACAGGAUCAUUUGCGAGAUCAUAGGUACAUACAUUCAAAAGAAAAACCGUUCAAAUGCACGGAAUGCGGAAAAGGAUUUUGUCAAUCAAGAACAUUGGCUGUUCACAAGAUUCUACAUAUGGAAGAAUCCCCACACAAAUGUCCAGUUUGCAGCCGCAGUUUCAAUCAACGUUCAAAUCUGAAGACCCAUCUUCUUACACACACUGAUCAUAAGCCUUACGAAUGUAACUCAUGUGGAAAAGUUUUUAGAAGAAACUGUGACUUAAGACGUCAUGCUCUAACGCACGCUGUGGGAGAUGUUCCACCAGGAGAUGUUCUGGAUGUUGGUGAAGAAGAUAUUGGUAAACCAGGUUCACCGAUAGAACCGGGUUUUGAUGACGAAGAUGCAGAGCUGUCAUCGCCAGAUCAUUCCCCAGAAAGAAGAGCGCGCUCAUCAUCUGUUGAAAGCAUUGGCAGAGAGCAUAGUGAAGAAAGGCCAAGACGAUCUUCUCCACCACCUCAUAGUGUGGAACGAACUCAUUGUCACCAUAACGAACCAAGAGACAGAGCAAGCCCUUACACUAUGAGACCACAGUAUCAAGAAAAACAUCGCAUGCUUUCGACAGAGUUUUAUGAAAAACGGAGAUUCACUUCCGAAGAAAUAAUGGAGAAGGAAAUGCGUUAUUCAGAUGUUCCCGAGCCGCAAAUGAGACAUCCUCAACUACACAUUCGAAGAGAUUUGCAUCAAAUUCAUCCACCUGAUCCAUCGAAACUAGCUCAAAUGGCCAGUCCAACAAUAGACCCAGGCCCUUCAGGAAUGUUUUUAGGCCAAUUUAGGAAGAGAAGCCACCCACCUGACAUAUCAGAUACUCUUAGAACCUGUGCACCAGUGUACAGAACCCGAUCUCCUGAACCAACAAAUUUGUCAAUGCCAAGACAACCAAUUGGGGGACACGAUGUAGUAGUUGGGAUACCACCUGCAUCUAUUAUUGGUAUAACGUCAUAUCAUAAAUAUGGACUACCAUUGCCACCACCGCACACUCAAGUAGCUUACGGACCUUUAGCACAUGCAGUUUUAGGUCCACAACAAACAGUAGCUCAAGAUCUUAUCGUCAAACAAGCAGCUCCUAAAGAUACAAAACCUUGUACGACAACCAACGUUUCCACCUGCAAAGACGCAAACCCUGUCAACAAAGGAAAUGAUGAUAUAAAUUCGAGUCCUAUUGCUAACGGGAUAAAAAAUAUUGUUGGGAUACAGCCUGCUACAAAUUCUAAAGCAGGAAGCAGUACAUCUACAGGUCCGAAAAAAGGCUUUAGCAUAGAAGAUAUAAUGAGACGUUGAUUAUCGAUUAUUGUAACUUUAAAGAUAUUAAUGUAAAUAAAGGUAAGUUUAGGAUUAGGUUUUGCAAUAUACGUUUAUCCUUUAUUUAAUACGAAAAGUAUUAUUAGCUCAGGUUUACUAUUAAAUUUUAGCAAUAGCAUUGUAUUUAAUUUAAAUGUGGAUUGGGUUUUCGUAAAGAUCUCAUUAUGGUUUGUUUGUGCAGUGUUUUAAUACGUCCAAAUUUUAUAAAGUUAGGUGAUGAGAUAAUUAGGGCUUACAUACUGUUUACGUUAUUAACUAGUUUUAUAUUUCAUGUUCAAAUGUGAAAGUUUGAAGAUAUAAGAACGAAGAUAUGUCAGUUUGUGUAGUAUUUUAUAGCACACGAAGCAAUUUUUAUAAUAUGUGACUGGUGUAGUGAUGUAUAAAUGUGUUAUUUAUUAUUUAGUUUAUAAGGCUAAUUUGUGCGAGGAAUAUUGUUAGUUUUAAAAUACAUGAUAUUAGUUAUAUUUUACGUGAUUUUGUUGUAAAAUAAUUAAGUGAUAUUGUUUUUGCAGAGUUUUGAAAUGUAUUUUAGAAUAUUAUUAAUUUUGAUACGUAGUUAAAAGUACCUAAAAUUUUUGUACGUACAUUUUCGAUUAAAAUUAAAAUUUAUUCCUAUAAGUGACAUACGGAAACUUAAAUAAAGAAUACUACUGUAAUUUGA